UUUUCCUCACAGAAUUAAUAUAUUACUUAAGAGUUCCAUAUUGCCUACCUUGGACUUGUUCGUAGGCUAUGAUAACAUGGUUUUGUGGGGAAAUGUGUCCCAUGGUGUAUGGUGGAAGGGAGAGUGGCCUGGAAUCCAGUGUUGACCUCCCCUGAUGGGCGGGGCAGGAGAUCUUCAGAUGUGUGCGCAGAACGCCGUGAGCUAGCAAACCCCUCAUUUGAUGGCCCUGUUGUAAAAAUCUUCCAAAUAUGUUGCCUAAUAUAAAAUAUGCUGUUAGUUACAGGUUGGAUUUAAAGUAAGUAUGGGUCAUGAAAGUCUAGUUAAUAUACUUUUCCAUGUGUUUGUCCUUAAUUUUUUUCAAUCUCAUAAUAAGCAUUUAUAAACUGCCUGCUGUAUCAGGACUUAUUUCUACAUCCUAGUCAGUGGGGAUCAGAAGACAACUAAGCCUACUCCCUGCAACUGAGAAUCUCAUACUUGAGUGGAAGACCAGCUCUAUAAAACUAAAUGGUCUUUGUGUUUGAUGUUGGUGACAAAACUUGGAAAAAUUAUGACUGGUCACAUAUUACGACUGUGGCAGUUUUUGGAAAAUAUGACUCAGAACUUAUGUGCCAUGCUCAUUCAAAAGAAGCCAGAGUAGUGCUAAAAGGAGAAGUAACCUUAAAGGAUAUCAUUGAUCCUGAUUUCAGAGCAUCCUGGAUAGCUCAGCAAGUUACUUUGGCCACAACACAGUACAUGGACGGAAUUAAUAUAAAUGUGGAGGAAGAAGUUAAUUGUUCAUCACCUGAAUAUGACGCAUUAACUGCUUUAGUCAAAGAAACUGCAGAUUCUUUCCAUCAUGAAAUUGAGGGAUCACAGGUAACCUUUGAUGUACCUUGGUCUCCUAAAUGCGUAGACAGAAGGUGCUAUAAUUAUAGGGGGAUUGCAGAUGCCUGUGACUUUCUCUUUGUGAUGUCGUAUAAUGUACAAAGUCAGAUCUGGUCAGAAUGUAUCGCAGCAGCCAAUGCUCCCUAUAAUAAGAUAAUAACUGCAUUUGAUGACUACAUCCAGUUGGGCAUUAACCCUAAGAAACUUGUAAUGGGUCAUCCCUGGUUUGGUUAUGAUUAUACUUGCCUGAAUCUAUCAGAGGAUAAUGUUUGCAACAUUACACAUGCCUCUUUCCGGGGAGCUCCCUGUAGUGAUGCUGCAGGACGUCAGUUGCCUUAUAAAGAAAUUAUGAAGCAAACAAAAUGUUCUAUGUCUGGAAUCCUGUGGGACAAUAAUCAGAAGUGUCCAUAUUUUAACUAUAAAGAUUCUACUGGCCAUUUUCAUCAAGUGUGGUAUGAUGACCCGAAGAGCAUUUCUUUAAAGGCAGCAUAUAUACAAAUGCAUGGCUUACGGGGCACUGGCAUGUGGAAUGCAGACUGUCUUGACUACUCUGAAGAUACUCUAGCCAAACAGCAAACUCAAGACAUGUGGCAAGUCUUAAAACCAAAGCCAUGAACGUCUUUUGUCAAACUACUAAAAUUUUAAAAAUGAUCUGUAAAAAUAGAUCUAGUUUCCUG